AUGGAUUCCACUGAGGUAUUAGAAGACAAGGACAGCGGUCCUGAGGUCCAGCUUAAUUUACCCGGUUCUGUUAUGAGCCGGAUAGAAGAAUUAAUGGGAGGAACGGAACAGUUCGAUAGUGAAGAAUUUGACGCCGUAGCCUACAUCAACCGUGUAUUCCCUACUGAACAGUCGCUAUCAGGAGUGGAAUCAGCGGCAGCCCGUUGUGAGUUUCGUCUAGCCAGUGUACAGCAUGACAUUCGGAGGCUGGUCCGUGCACAGCAUGAUCAGCGAAUGGCCGGACACGAAGCAUUACUUGACGCUCAGAAAUGUAUUGCUGAACUGGCUUUACAGGUCGCAGAUAUAAACAAAAAAGCUGAACGAAGUGAAAGCAUGGUCCGCGAAAUAACAUCGGAGAUCAAACAACUGGACUGUGCCAAGUGGAACCUGACCGGAGCCAUCACAGCCUUGAAUCAUCUACAUAUGUUGGCUGGUGGGGCCGCGUCGCUCAGGACCUUGGCUGAUAAUAGACGUUACAAGGAACUGGUGUUGCCAUUGCAAGCUAUUAUGGAGGUGUUAGAUCAGCUUCAAUGCUACCGGGAUAUUAAAGAACUGAACGCCUUGAGGGAGGAGGUGCUCGGCAUCAGGACGAUGCUGGCUCAGCAGAUAUUAGCUGACUUCAAAGAAGCCCUGACUGGUGGUGGUAAGAGUAGCGUAUCUCCUCGCAUGCUGGCGGAGGCGUGCGGCGUAGUGGAUGUACUGGAACCGAGCGUCAGAAAGGAACUACUCAAAUGGUUCAUUGAUAUGCAACUACAGGAGUACGAGCACUUAUUCUCUCCGGAGCAGGAGCAGGCGUGGGUGUGUCACGUGGAGCGUCGCUACACCUGGCUCAAGAAACACCUGCUGAGGUUCGAAGAGUCCCUCGCGCUGACAUUCCCUCCCGCCUGGAGGAUGAGCGAGCGACUGGCGCAUCGGUUCUGUAAGGUGACACACAAGGCUCUCAGUGACCUGCUACAGGCUCGGCGAAGUGAGCUGGAUGUCAAGUUGUUAUUGUAUGCUAUACAGAAGACUUAUAACUUUGAAGUGUUAUUGCACAAGAGAUUUAUAGGUACGGAUGUCGGUAGUGAUGCCGUGGAUCUGUCUCCUGAACAUCAGCUUGUGUUUGAUGAUGAAGAAACGGGUGUUGUUCUCCGUCAAGGCUCCCCGUGGGUGGGUCUGAUCGGCUCGUGUUUCGAGUCCCACCUGUCGCUGUACAUCACCAGCCUGGACGCGAACCUGCGGGGGCUCAUGGACAGGUUCAUACAGGAUGCCAAAAGUCCAGAUAGCGUGUCGAGCGCGGUGGGCAGCGGCGCGGGUGCUGUUAUGUCCUCGUGUGCGGACCUGUUCCUGUUUUAUAAGAAGUGUCUGGCUCAGUGUGCGACGCUCUCUACUGGAGAACCUAUGUUAGAGUUGUCCACGGUGUUUUCGUCGUAUCUCCGUGAGUACGCAGGCAGCGUGUUGUCCUCCGCCCUGCCGCGCGCCGCGCCUGCCCUGCCCGCCCUCGUCACGGGACUACACACACUGCUAAGAGAUGAUGCUGUUAGGUACACGAAGCAGGAGAUCGCUAAAAUAACGAGCGUGAUCACGACCUCCGAGUACUGUUUGGAAACGACCGUACACUUGGAACAGAAGUUAAAGGAAAAGAUAUCACCAGCACUAGUUGAUAAGAUAGACCUGGCGCCCGAGCAGGACCUGUUCCACAAGAUGAUCAGCAACUGCAUCCAGCUUUUAGUCCAAGACCUGGAAAUAGCUUGCGAACCAGCGCUUCAAGCCAUGACCAAGAUAUCCUGGCUGCAUUAUGACAACGUGGGCGAUCAGAGCUCAUACGUAACGCAAAUAAUCAUGCACCUAAAGAAUACAGUCCCCAAUUUGAGAGACAACCUCGCUUCUUCAAGGAAAUACUUCACGCAGUUCUGCAUAAGAUUCGCGAACUCAUUCAUACCUAAAUUCAUACAAAAUAUAUAUAAAUGCAAACCGAUUUCAACUGUGGGUUCUGAGCAAUUAUUGCUAGAUACUCAUAUGUUGAAGACGGCGUUAUUAGAACUGCCAUCUAUUGGGUCAGAGGUGAAACGCCAAGCGCCCACCACGUACACGAAAGUCGUCAUAAAACUGAUGACGAAAGCGGAGAUGAUAUUAAAACUAGUGAUGGCGCCACUGGACGGAAAUUUGGAAGGCUUCGUCUCUCAAUUCGUUCAGCUGUUACCAGAAAGCACUUUGGCUGAAUUCCACAAAGUCUUGGACAUGAAGGGAGCCAAACUGACCAAGACGCAACAAACCUCUUUAGACGCACUAUUCAAAGAGACCACUAAGACUGUACAAAAUAAAUAA